CAUCUUUAAUAUUUAAUGUCUCUUUCCACUGGGGACUAGGACUUUGCGCAGACUUGAGAGGCCAGAGAUGCUCGCAAGAACUGUAACUGACGUCAUUCCACUAAUCGCAUCCUCUGCAGAGCGCCCCGUUCCGCGCUGCCGUCUGACCGGGCUGGGUUCAAGCCUUGUAAGGGCCUGAGGAUUACGGCUGCCUAGCCCCAAGGCGCAUGGGCCGGGAUUCCCACGGAGGCUGCGUUUCUAAAACACCCGGCUCACAGACGGCAGCUCUGACCUGCCGCAGGAGAGCCUGGAAGCGCCAGUGACGUGGCUACGGCCGAAAUCGAAACCGACGCGUCUCUUUUCCUUGCACAAAAUGGCCAAAACCGUCAAGAAAGGGCAGAAACACAGCAAAGUGAACUGGGGGGUUAAAAUUCAUUCCCUUGCUGCGGGGGAGGGGGGGAAUCUUACUUUUGGCUUCCCCUGGGCUUGUAGCUUAGUGGCUUUUCGGGCUAGUAACCAGCCCCCGGCUAGAGCGUAGCCGUGCAGUUAGAGCACUGGCCUGGGAAUCAGGAGGUCAGAAUUCAAUUCUUGCCAUGAAUGUGAGUGCCCUCUUUGUGCCUCGGUUUCCCCAUCUGUGAAGCAGGGAGGAUUCUGCCUCCCGGGGAGAGGGAUUGUGCGGCUUGAUUCAUCAAGCGUGUGCAGCGCUUUGGGAUCCUGUGCGGACAGGGGGGACGACGCUGUUCCAAGCUGGUGCUGUUGUGGCACCAGGGAGUUGAGCGCAGCUGUAACCACUAGGUGCUGCUGCCUCCCACACGUAGAAGGGGGACAAGCCCUUAAUCCUUUGGCUGUGUAAUUCUCUCUUACAUCAGCCCUUCCCGCCCUGCCGUGCAAUUCACUGCCGUUGACCCGCUGUGUCAUGUGGGGCCCAGAGACACCUCAGCCCCACACCGGAGCGGGUCUGCAUCCGCCGCUCUCUGCCUGGCAUAGAAAAGCUGCAUCCAUCUCCCCUCUCUCCUGCACACAUCUCCCAGGACUCCAGUCUCCUCCUCCAGCAGCAGCGCCUACAUCCUGCACUGAUUGGAGCUCUAUAAUUACCAGCUACCGCCAGGCUGCUGCUGGACCCAGUUCCCCUGGCAGCUCCGUCGCGGGGGCGUGCACAGAGGGCGGGGGGGGGGAUCCCAUCGCAGCUGCUGGUUCACUAGGAAUUACGAUGCUGCCAUCACCUCUCACCCACCUCCAGGCGCAGGGAUGCUUUGAACAGAGGCUCCUGGAGUAGAGUCCGCACGGCCCCCCCACGCUACUCAGUGCAGCCCUGGGGCUGGAGCCCAGGCCCCCGAUGGCUCCCCUUUAGGGGUAGCAAUCGCUGCUGGGUCCUAUCGCUCUGGUCCCCCGGGGGGGCCAUGGCAGCAGGGUCCUGAGGGUGGCAUCGCAGACUCAGCACCAUGAUCCGGAAGAAGGGGUCGGAGGGAGGCGCUCAGGACACCAGCCUGCUCAUCGCCCUGGACAAGAGCCGCUCCCGCCUGUCCAGCGGCUCCUCCGGCACCGUCUACAACGGGGUGCCCUACGCCGGCUUCGAUGAAGAGGAAGAGGACGAUCCCAUCGACGGGCACGGUGACGAAGGCUACAGCCCCAAUGUCAGGGGCAACUACUUCCGAGAUGGGCAAACCAAGAUCGACUUCGUGCUGGUCUGGGAGGAGAAGAGGCGCCCCCCGAAGAAGAGGAGGGGGAAGCUGGCUUCCCACGAGGGCAGCAGGGAGGCAGCCCCUGAGGCCAGAGACGACCGGCCUCGCGGGCACCACGAGCACUGGAAGAGGAAGUUCCUCAACAACCUGAGAAAUGCCGGGCUGCUGAUGGAGAAGGAGGAGACGCUGAGCGAGCGGAAGACCAUCCACUACCUGAAGCUGAGCGCCCCGUGGGACGUGCUGGUGUACUACGCCGAGGAGCUGUGCAUGCGAGCACCCCUGCAGGCCCAGCCCAACCCGGACCGGAACAGCUCCGCCGAGGUCCUGCGGAGGCUCUGCAUCCCCAACGCCCUGCAGCAGCACGUCCCCAACAAGCCCGCCGACUAUUACACCUGCGCCUUCCGCAGGUCCAAGCUGGACAAGUUCCUGGGCAGCGACUUCCGGGACUCCUACUUCAGCAACACCCAGAGACAUCGCAUCGUCUAUGAGAUCCUGGCUCGCACCGUCUACGGGAAGCGGAAACGCGCCGAGAUCGGGAUCAACCGGCUGCUGAACGAGCGGGUAUACGCCGCUGCCUUCCCACUGCACGAGGGCCCCUUCGAGACGCCUGAGUCUGAGGUCCCCGAUGAAGCACUGAACCCUCGCCAAGUCCUCUACCGCUUCUGGGCCCAGUGGGGCUGCUGGUACCGGUACCAGCCACUGGAUCACAUCCGCCAGUACUUCGGGGAGAAGAUUGCCAUCUACUUCGCCUGGCUGGGCUUCUACACAGCCUGGCUGCUCCCUGCUGCGGCCGUGGGCACCGUGGUCUUCCUCGCAGGCCUGGUUGCCAUGGGAACCAACACGCCAGCGCAGGAGAUCUGUGAGAGCGGAGGCCAGUUCCUCAUGUGUCCGCUCUGCGACACGUGUGAGACCUGGAACAUCUCGGAGAUCUGCCCCAUGGCUAAGGUCGGGUACCUGUUUGAUCACCCCGGGACCGUUUUCUUCAGCGUCUUCAUGUCCUUCUGGGCCGUGACCUUCCUGGAGUACUGGAAGAGGAAAAGCGCCACGCUGGCUCACCACUGGGACUGCAUGGACUUCCAAGAGGAGGAGGAGCGGCCCAGGCCCGAGUUCGCUGCCAUGGCCCCGCGGAUGGAGCAGAACCCCAUCACGGGGCUGAAGGAGCCGUACUUCCCCAAGCGGGACCGCCUCUCUCGCAUCCUGACGGGCUCCAUGGCCAUUGUCGUCAUGCUGUGCGUGGUGAUGAUCUUCCUGGUCUCCGUGAUCAUGUACCGGGGCAUCAUCAGCGUGGUGAUGUAUCACACGGGCAACGCCAUUCUCAUGACCCAGGCUGGGAACAUAGCGAACGUCAGCAGCAGCCUGGUGAACCUGGCACUGAUCCUCCUUAUGAGCCAGGUCUACACCUCCCUGGCGGAGAAGCUCACCAGGUGGGAGAUGCACCGGACCCAGACCCUGCACGAGGACGCCUUCACCUUCAAAGUCUUCAUCUUCCAGUUUGUCAACUUCUAUUCCUCCCCCUUCUACGUGGCCUUCUUCAAAGGCAGGUUUGUGGGCUACCCCGGGCAGUACGGUACGCUGCUCGGCCUGAGGAACGAGGAGUGCGGCCCCGGGGGGUGCCUGAUCGAACUGGCGCAGCAGCUCUUCAUCAUCAUGGUGGGGAAACAGAUCAUCAGCAACGUCCAGGAGUUCGUCAUCCCCAAGCUGAAGGCCUGGCGGCAGAAGCGCAAACUGGCCAGGGUGCGGGGCGCGCAGCUCAGCCAGGAGCCCCCGCGCUGGGAGGAGGACUAUGAGCUGAUCGAGUGCGAGGGGCUCUUUGAAGAGUACCUGGAGAUGGUGCUGCAGUUCGGGUUCAUCACGAUCUUCGUGGCUGCCUUCCCGCUGGCCCCGCUCUUCGCCCUGCUCAAUAACUGGGUGGAGAUCCGCCUGGACGCCCAGAAGUUCGUGUGCGAGUACCGGCGCCCGGUGGCCUACCGCGCCCAGGGCAUCGGGGUCUGGUUCCUCAUCCUGGAAGUCCUGGCUCAGAUCUCUGUCGUCGUCAACGCCUUCCUCAUCGCCUUCACCUCCGACUUCCUGCCCCGGCUCCUCUACCAGUACGAGCACGACAGCCAGCUGCAGGGCUACGUCAACUUCACCCUGGCCUACUCCCCCCCGCGCUACCUGGCCACCGGCAACCACACCCUGUGCAGGUACAAAGCCUUCCGGGAUGCCAAUGGGAACUACACCCUCUUCUACUGGAAGCUGCUGGCCGUCCGCCUGGGCUUCAUCAUCGCUUUUGAGCACGUCGUCUUUUUCUUCCUGCGCCUCAUCGACUGGCUGGUGCCCGACGUCCCGGGGUCGCUGGAGCUGAAGAUCAAGCGAGAGCGCUACUUAGCCAAGCAGGCGCUGGCCGAUAACCAGGAGGUGCUGCUGACGGUGAGUCGCGACUCAGCUUCGCCAGCAAGCAGCCUUUCAUCCAGCAGCAUGAGCUAGUGGCGCCGGCUGGGAGCAGCCCCCGGAGGCUUGGCAGAUGGGAAGGCAGAGCUGGCUGGGGCCGGGCCCCGUCCACACUCCAUCAGGUGACUUGCCACUGGCAGGGCGGGAAGGGGCCGAACCGGAGCUGUCCAGGGGGGCCAGGAAAGCAGCAACGCCCCACAGACGACCUUCGACCUCCAGCGUGCCAGGGCGAGGCUCGUCGGACCCGGAGCCGUGUACCCGGCCUGGGUGUAGGUAAUGAGGCAGCUGGCGUGUGAGGAGUAUCCCGAGCCCAGAGGAGGAAGCUGGCACUGGCUGGCGCUGCGCUCCUGGUUGAGUCAGCCCAGCGGGCCCCUCGCUCGCCCCCAGCCUGCGAACGCUUUGCUGCCUCCAAGACGGGCGGUGAUGGCUCCAAGGCAAUCGGCAGUGGGGGCCCCAUGCAUCCGGCUGACUCUGGCCCAUGCCGCGGGACCCUCCUAAUCGCUGUGAGUGGGGCUGGCUGUCAGCUUCAAGGUCACCCCGUUCAGAGGCGAGCGGCCCCGGGGCACAGAGCAGCAGCUGGAAGGGUGCACUGAGAAAUGCACUGCAAAUGCGGCCACGCGAACGCCCCAGGGAGGAGCAGCGAGACCCCCCUGCUCUGCCCUGUUGUGCAUCCUCCCGCAUGCACACGGUUGGUCUGAGCCCCAGUGGGCCCAUCGCCCAAGGUGCUGGUGCAAUUUACGGCUCCUGUCACGGCCGCGCGGAGAUACCAGUGGGGACAGAGACCCUGUGCCGGCUUUUCCCUUCCUCUCGGAAUCAGUCUGUCAGCCCCAGCUCACAUCCCUUCUGGGCCACGAUCGUCCAGAGCGGGCUGGGCUGACCUCUCUGGGGGUCGUGGCUGCCAGGGGUGUGAGGCGGGCAGGAGAGGCAGGGGGCAACAAAUAGACGCCAGCAGCCAGGGCUACACCCAGGCCUCUGUGUCUGUCACGUCCUGUCCCCCUGUCAGAACCAGGCUGUCAAUUUCUCACACUUAGAAUGUUUGUGGAUUGACCCCACCCUGGCGAUAGUGAUGAGCUCAGGUCCUUCCCAAACUGGGCUACGCAGACCUUUCCCUUUGCAUAGGGCAGGGGUCCCCAACGCGGUGCCCGCGGGCACCAUGGCAUCCAUGUGCGCCCACCUACGGCUGCCGGAAAAGCAGC